AUGACAAUCCAUAAGUUGCCUCCCCCAGAACCCAGCGUUUUUACGGGAGAUCCCAUCCGCUAUGUUGAGUGGAAGGCGAGCUUCAAGACACUUAUCGAGUCAAAGGCGAUCUCCACACCAGAAAGAGUGUAUUACCUUAAACGAUACCUGGGUGGAGAUGCACAGAAGGCUGUGGAAGGUUUCUUCUACAGCACAUCAGACGAGAGCUAUGAAGGUGCAUGGCGUCUACUUGAGGAACGUUACGGACAUCCUUUCAAAGUUCAGAAGGCCUUCCGUGAUAAAUUAUCAAGGUGGCAAAAGAUUGGCACAAAGGAUGCCAACAGUUUGCAGCAGUUUGCAGACUUUCUUAAAGCAUGCAAGGACGCCAUCCCCCAUGUCCCUGCUUUGAAGAUACUUGAUGAUUAUGAGGAGAACAGGCGUCUGCUCUCCAAAUUGCCAGACUGGGCUGCAGCUCGAUGGAAUAGACAAGUUACAAAGAAACUUGAUGAAACACUCAACUACCCUGGUUUCGAAGAGUUUGUCGAGUUUGUACGCAAGGAGGCCCGGGUAGCAUGCAAUCUAAUCUCAUCAUUGCAUGCAAUGAAGGCAACAGACCAAUCAGAGACAGAGCAGACACAAGGCAGCAGUAGAAGAGCCAACCGAAGCGGGGGUACAGCACUAACAGUUGGAUCAAAUGAGGUCAACAAGAUGCCCAAGGAAGGCCAGACAUCAACCAAGAGCAAGUUCCAAUCAAAACCAUGCCAGAAUUGCAGGAAGACAGAUCACCACAUCGAUAAAUGCCCUGGCUUUGGCACUAAAUCUUUUACUGAAAGAAGAAAAUUCAUCCAAGAAAACAGAUUGUGCUUUGUGCUGCCUCAAGAAAGGUCACAUGUCCAAGGAAUGCCGACGAAAACUGACUUGCGAUAA